CAACGGAGUUGUAAAAAGAUUCUCAUCCUUAUGACCUUAUCCUAUGAUCUGUCUCAUGACGACUCUCAUGAAGUUUCAUGAGUCUCAACUCUCAAGCAAGUCUCAGCUAUGUUUUAACUAAGGUGUCCCAGAAAUAGUUCAAAACACUCAUAAAGAUGAUUCAAGUUCUUCUAUCAGCUUUCUGAAAUUUUGAGAGGAAAAAUUAACUAAUUGAUGUUCUUAUGAUGGCAUUUUUAACCCACAUUUUUCCUCUAACAUCAACAUAUUUACAAAACAAUUCGUCUAUUUCUGAAUUGGACAAAGUUCUUGUGAAACUGUCAUCAGAGAAAUGGAACAAGUUUGUUAUAGUAGGACCUGAUAGAGCAGAUAAAACUGCCCUUGCUUUCCAAGCUGCAGUUAGUGCUGCUGCUUCAGGAGCCAGAGUAACCUAUAUAUGUACCCAUCCCCUCAAAAGGCUGCCUAAUGCUGUACAUGGUAUGAUGACACCUGAGCUUGCCAUCAUGCGGCUUGUUGAUUUCUUAUAUCUUGAGGAGUCUGAUGAGCUUCUCUCCUGGUGUGCUAAAAUUCAUACUAAAGCAAAGUUGCCAAACUUAAUUGUCAUUGAAGACAUUCUCACAUAUGCUACACAAAUAAAUGAGAAUAACAUCGAAAGGAGCCUGGCAAAGUUAUGUGCCAUUAUUUCUGAUGCUGUUUCGUGGAUAGAAUCUCAAGAUGAAAAAAAGAGAUGCCAAAUUCUGAUGACAGCACCAACAAGAAUUCUUUCAUUGAAUGGUGUGCUUGCUCAGUUUAAUAUUAUGACUGCUUUAUACAGUGGGCCAGAGAAAGAAGAGUUGCAUUCCAAGGUGUGUUAUAAUGUUGGUGACCACUCUCUUAUAAUACAAUUUCUAUCUCAAAAAGAUAGUAUCAUGAUGACAAGUAUAAAAGCUAGUUUGAAAGUAUCCUGAGGGACCUUGUGAGAGACUGCCUAUGUUAUAUUAAAAUACAUGAUCAACGAAAUCAAGUACAUAAUAUUGUAUAUGUUUUGUAGUGAUUGUUUACACAAGAUUGUGGUCAAGUGAAUCCAAACAACAGUUUAUGCUGAAGUAUUCUCCCCUGCUACCUUAUCACUGUUAGAAAAGGUAAUCAGGCAAUACAUGUUAUCACUUCUUUCCAUGAUUUUUAUCUUACUUGGCGUUAACUGGGACUGAAAACCUUCCAAUCAUCCUUACAAAACUGCCAGAAAAACAUUUUUUAUUUACUCAUUGUUUUGUUAAUAUAU